AUGUCCCUUCGCACUACAAUAAAAAACGAUCGGUACUCAGUAUUUAACGAGAUUGGAGAGCGUUGUGAUUCAAUUUCCGUAUUCCACGAUUUUGGACAUUUUUUGCUUCGAGGGCAUACUUUAUUUACUCUUUUCUUCCUUUUUGUUUCAAUAGCAAUAUUUUUGGCUACAAUAUUUUGCCAUUGGAGAGUAAAUUUGCAACACGAUUUUUUGAAUUCGAGGAAUUCAAGGAAUGGGAGAAAGCGCGAGCACAGCCCUUAUCGUCGACGUGAAACUCUUUUUAAUACGCUACUUCUUUCGCUUGGAGCAUUUUUCAUCUCUGUUUCUGGUCAAAGCUUUAUAGAGAUUGCUGUCUUUUGGGUUAGUGAUAGGAGGGAUGUUACUCGACUAGCUGCUGCUUAUCAGGUGAGAGAGCUAUUGAUUUUUUAA